AUGGGCUUCCUGCUCGCUGCUGGAGAGUUGGAACUGAUUCAGAGCUAUAAUACUACAGACGUCGAGCUUCUCCACGAAAUUGUGACACGCGCGGAACAGCACCCGGACGCUGACAUUCUUCCAUUUCGCGUUAUCUUCUCGGCCUACGAUGCUGUACUGUCUGAGCAUGGCAUUCCAGUGGAAAGCGACCAGACAUAUCUGCCUUUCUUGUUCCAACUUGGGGCUGAGCGAAACGGUACCAUCUCUGAACGGUUUGAGUCGCUCCUAGCGUCGCUCGGUAUCCGACUAGAAUACGGCGAGGAUGCAGAAUCGAAUGAGCCUUUGCCGACGAACGGCGUUGCGUCGCGUUCUAGAGAAGACAGUGCACGCAUUCUACAACAGAGACCAAAUGGGAUUCUCCCACAGAGAGCUGAGGAUAGGCGUCGCGCCUCAUUCGAUUCGGUUUACGACACAACCCAUGACUUUGAACAGCGCUUUGCCAACCGGCCAAACUCCAGAUCUUCUAUGUCCAGACUGGAGGAUGGGACAAUCAGAUCCUUAGACUUUGAUGCAGAAAUCAAACGAUUAUAUCCUUACAAGUCGGACCGUUCUCCUCAACAUGAAGGAUUGGGAGAUGCUGUAGGUCGUGAUGUCAACGGCAUAGCUUCUCAGGAUUCAGACGGUGGCGCAAACUCACUCUCUUCAGAGAGCUCAGAGAAUUCUAGUACCCAAGAAUUCGGCAGUGCUCACAGAAUGAAUUCGAACAAAAUUUUGGAGCACCAAUAUAGUGAAAAUGCACUUUCCAUUGCAUCUGAUGAGACACCAGAACCUCCUCAGGUACCACCGGAACUAUUUUAUCAACCAUCAAAUACACAGCGUAUACGUGAUGCCUCGGUUUUUGAUAUGUACAGACGAAGAAAUGCUCUCCGGCUAAUGUUGUCAAGCUGGUCUAAAUCAGCGAAGCGGAAGCGAGAGUUAGUUCAGGCCAUGGAGCAGAGAGCCAUAUAUUAUGAUAGCAAAACUUUGGUUGUUCAGGUCCUGGACUUGUGGAAGGCUGCAUUGCAAGACAAACGUGAAGUCGCAGAAGCUGAGAGAGAAGCGGCACAGAACGAGAAGUUUUUCAAUAAUCUCGAGGAGCGAGCUGCUCGCGCUCGAGACAUAUACCUGCUCACGAAAGCGUUUACCCACUGGUCACAGGUUGCCUCUGAGGAAGUUCAUAGAACCGAGGCUGCCCGCCGCCAUCUGCUCUGCAUCAAAUAUUUUAACGCAUGGCGCGAAAUAACAGCCGUCAAUGAACUCAAAGCCCAGCGCUUUAUGCUGAGAAAACCAUUGAAACUCUGGAGUGCCCGCCACCAACAAAUUGCCCCGCUAGAUUCUCAGGCAGAGGAAUUUCGCCAGAGAAGCCUUAAGAGAUACGGGUAUUCACACUGGUUUUGGUCUUUCUGUGACAGGCUAGCACCGCGGUGGAAUAAGGAGCGCUUGAAACAACGGUCUUUUAUUGCUUGGUUGCGUGCCCUCCGAACUCAAAGGGAACGUGAUCUUGCAAUCGACUCCAAUCGUUCUCUUAAUUCUCUGAAAAUUACAUUUCAAACUCUUGCUCAGAAAUAUCGUGAAGUUUCCUCUGCUGAGAAGAGCGCGAAUAACCAUUGGAAAUACCAUGUCACAUCAAACUAUCUAACAGAAUGGUCAGUCAAGCAAAAGUACAGGCGGCCUUUUGCAGAAUUGACUAGCCUACUAAACACUAGGUUAGUGCGCUCAUGUCUGGAGGACUGGUCUCAACAGACACGCAUGGAGAGAAGAGCGCGGGACGCUGACAGACUUCGUGUUAUGCGUAACUGUUGGACAACCUGGAAUGACCAUCUUCGCUGUCAGGCCUUGUCUUCGCGCACAGAGGAGCGAAUUGUCUUGCAGUCAUUAUAUAAAUGGAUCCUUAUAGGGAGGUUGCGCCUACUAGACCGAAUUCACCAACAACGCCUAAAAGCCAGCUACCUCAAGACGUUGAUGGAAAAUUCUCGGAGCCUGUACAACGAGCUCCUUGUCAAAGAAGCCAGAUUUCGAACUGAUAGAAAACGAAAAUUGGCGCAAGCCACCUUUAGCUACUGGAAACAACGUCUCGAUAUCCAAAAGCAACGUGAACUGGUAAGCCGAGCAUUUUAUGCUCCUCCCGUCCAGCAAGAGGUGCUUCAAAACUGGAAAGCACGCAGCGAGCAUUUGGCAACUCUCGAUACCUGGGCAAAGAAAUCGGAGUAUUUUUUCUUGACUACGAAAACGCUGAAGCAGUGGCGGAGUGCAGCAGCAGAAUCGUCCAAGAGACGACGGUUGGAAGCAUAUGCAGCCAUUCGGCGCAAAGUGAAAAUGAAUCUAGCCACUGCUGUUAUUUCCGCCUGGCGGUCUCGCUGCGCUACUGUUCGUGAAAUACAUCAGCGAUCAACGGAGAUGUAUGGGGAAAAGCUCAUUGCAAUCGGAACUAACAUGUUCCACCUCUGGUCGGAAAAGGCCACACAACGAGCGCAACACCUUGCGGAUGCACAGCUAUACUAUAACCGACAGUUGGUUUACAAUAACUUAACACACUGGGCAGGGAUGCAACGGUCCUACCAAAUGCUUGAUGAGAAAGCGACCCGGUUUCUAGAGAUCCAUGUCUCCGGUAUUGCCCUUGCUCAAAUUCGAAAGUUAAGCCUUCGGAUAUUUGAAGUUAAAACACGACUAGAAACUGCAGAUGCACUGUAUGGUCGCAAUACUCGAAAGCACUACCGGAAUAUGAUUCAUCACUGGCGCGAGAAAGCUAGAAUUUCAAAGGACUUUGACUCUUUUCCAAUAGAAACUCCAUCCAAAAAUGGCCAUAGUAUUCAAGUUAACGACCCGCAUGGAUGGCCAAGGAGAGAUCAUCCCAGAGAACGAGAAGAGCCACCAAUACGACAACCGGAUUUUACAUCUCACACCCCUAUGUCAACACCAGGUUAUCUGAACAGCCCCUCGAAGCGGGCCGCCAGAGCAAGGGCUUUGGUUCAGAUGUCUACAACUCCAGCAACCCCAUUACCAACAUCAUUUCCUAGCAAGCUGUGGGCCGCAAGCGAGCCCAGGCUACAGCCUAUAUAUUCAACGAGGAGAAGUGCGUUUAAACGUGGUGCAACGAGCACCAAUGUACGAUUUGCUAUUGAUGAAGAACCAGAAUCGCCUACUGAAGGCAGAUCAACUGGAAGGGAGCUAACGUGA